CGAAGUGAACGCGAACGGUACAACAAGUAGUACGUAUACGUACGUGGAGCGGCAGAAAAAAAAAGAAAAUCGUCGGUACCAACCGCGAGUGAAUUGCUUCGCGAGAGUACUUCAGUGGGGGAGAAGCAAGGCGAGUGACAAAUUAAAUUUUGCAAACCUCGCGCGUCACACAUACAUUUGACAAUGCGGCUGCAAUACAUAAUACUCACCUUAGUCGCUGGUUUCCUAUCCUGCUUCAUCGAUCCAGUGUCAUCACAACGAGAAGCGCUUCGACUGUUCAAGAACUGCCGGUUUGGAAAACCCGAUUUUGAUCCGUGCGUUAAAAAAGCAUUCAAUGCCCUGAGGCCAUGGUUCAAGACAGGUCUUCCCGAGUACAACGUUGCUCCCUUCGAUCCGCACAAAUCCGCUUUCGUCGAACAGCACCGGGGAGACCAGGACGGCUUGGCCGGCUAUAGGCUGCAGCUGACCAAUGUGUCCGAGUAUGGUUGGAGCAUUUCGGAAGUGACCAAAUAUAAGACUGACUACAAAAACAACCGAAUCAUCUAUUCGCAAUAUUUCCCGGAAAAGUCGCUCGAUGGGCAGUACGACUUUCAUUCGAAGCUGCUCGGUAGUCCACGACACACGAAGGGAAUCUGGAAUUUGACUCUCUACGAAUAUAGCCAAACUACGACCGUUACGCGGGUGGGUGGCCCAGGCGGACUGCUCAAAGUGCGCGUUGAAAUCGACAAGAUCGGAGAUAUGAAGCUGCACAUAUCGGAUUUGUUCAAUGGGUCAAAAAUUUUGGAAUCUCUGGCAGACUUCUUCAUUAACACCAUGUGGCAGCCAGGAUUUCCGUUUGUGAAACCUCUAAUCAACGAUCUAGUCAGUGUGGCGUUUACCGAUAUUUUCAACGAAUCAUUCCGAUAUUUCCCCCUGCACGAGGUGAUACGAUAGCGAUAGUUUAGCUUAGUAAGGCUUCUCUAUUUUGUUAGGACUGAAA